GCAGUCAUUCAUCGCAAGUACCAUACUGCUUGAUUGGCUGUUUACCACCUAUCAACCAUUGUCCUUUCAUCGCUGUCAAGUCUCGAUUUUGCAUCGCCUUUUGCUCCUUUCAUACCGCCCACCGGCUCACAUUAGUCAUAUUUGAGGCAGCUUCCAGGCACUGUUUAGGCACCUAGAUGGUCGCAUAAACAACAUCAAGAGCCUGGAGCAGGGGAAUCGAUUAUGGUGAACAUGGCUUUCCACACGUUGGAGACAUCCGUCAUUCUCUUUGCGUUUACCCUUCUUCGAGGGGCGUCCUGCAUCCAGCCGGAGGCGCCUUCUCCCAUAGCUGCACCCUUGCGUGAGCUACCCUGGGCCCAACUGAACUUUCUGCACACAACCGAUAUCCAUGGCUGGUGGGGGGGACACCUUCAGGAAGCCUCUUUCUCGGCCGACUGGGGAGACUACGUCUCCUUCGCCAAACAUCUCCGCGAUAAAGCAGAUGCAGAUGGCUCUGACCUCCUUCUCAUUGACACAGGAGACCGCGUAGAAGGAAACGCAAUCUACGACUCGUCAAAGCCCCGAGGGAAGUUCACUUAUGAGAUCGCUAAGGAACAGUCAAUCGAUCUGAUUAGUUCUGGCAACCACGAGCUCUACAAAGCAAACACUGCUGAAGGCGAAUUCUUCCACACGGUUCCUGACUUUAAAGGAAAUUAUCUAGCCUCCAACUUGGACAUCUACAAUCCAGUGAGCGGGAAGCUGGAGCCACUAGCACCGCGUUUCAAGAAGUUCACCACGAAGAAUCAAGGUAUUCGAAUCUUGGCUUUUGGCUUUAUCUUCGAUUUCACAGGUAAUGCAAACAACACCGUUGUGCAAAGAGUUGAAGAUACGGUUAAAGAGGAAUGGUUCAAGGAAUCUCUUAAAGACAAGGAUCUCGACCUGAUCAUCGUGUUCGGCCACGUUGAUAUCCGCUCUAACGAAUAUAAACUACUGUUCUCCAAUAUUCGGUCCUCGCAACGGGAUACGCCAAUACAAUUCUUCGGUGGACACUCGCAUAUUAGGGACUACAAGAUCUUCGACAGCAAGUCCGUGGCGCUAGAAAGUGGUCGGUAUAUGGAAACGCUAGGUUUCAUGUCGAUUGAUGGACUGAGUACUGGUGGUACGAAAAAGCACGCACCCGUGUCCCAAAAGUCGAAGAUUGCCUUCUCUCGUCGGUAUAUUGAUAAUAACUUGUACUCUCUGCGCCAUCACAGCAAUAAAGAUGAAAAGACCUUCCCGACUGACCAUGGAGAGAAUGUCUCCAAAGCAAUCGGCGAUGCUAGGAAGUCGCUCGGCCUUGGUGAGCGAUAUGGUUGCGCGCCACAGGAUUACUGGGUCAGUCGCCGACCGUAUCCACACAGGGAGAGCAUAUUCACCUGGAUCGAGAAUCAACUCCUCCCGCAGUCCAUCGGAAAGUCUAAGAGGAUCAAGAAUGGAGGUAAAGCGCUGGUCAUCACCAAUACAGGCGCUAUUCGUUUUGAUAUCUUCAAAGGCGCAUUCACCAAGGAUACAAAGUUUCUUAUCUCGCCGUUUACUAGCGGGAUCCGUUAUGUCAAGGAUGUGCCGUACAAAGCAGCUAGCCAGGUCCUGAAGCUGCUCAAUAAUGAGGGGCCAAUCAUGCUCGAACUGAUGGAAAAUAACGCGUUUUUGCAGCCCCCAGAGGUCUUCGCGGCACGAUACCGUCCUCAUAUAUUCUCCUCUCCAGAUCGUAUAUACUCCACGCCCUUUGAAAAGCAUGCACAAGCUCCCAUGGCCGCCGACGAAGAGCCUAAACCAUUCCCCGGUUAUACAACACAAGAUGACGCUGGCGAAGACGGAGAUGAUACAGUGCACGAGCGGAUCGAGUUCUACAAUGUGCCGAACUGUAUCCAGUCGACAGUAGGCUUUCAGCAAAACGAUUUCUAUGAGCCUGACACUGUUGACUUGAUGUACAACGAGUUCAUCCAGCAGUGGAUAUUGCUUGCGUUGGAAUAUGUAGGACAUAACUACACUUCAGAUGACACGGAGUCGUUCGCACAUGGGAAGAGUUUUACUGAUAUCAUGACGGACUGGGUUGAAGAACACUGGAGCACGAAGGAGGAGACAUGUCUUUAGUGAUGUGGCGUCGUAUAACUCUAGAUCGAUCGUUGCACCUUCGUAAAUAUGUGCUUUACCCUUGUGUAUUAGCGUUAAGGUUCCUCAUUCACGGCAAAAUCUGACAAGUUGAACGGUUCAAAGGAUCUCAUUUCUCUCUAAUCUCAAAGGGACAUGACAAUGAGGGCUUUCCAUUCCAUUCAUAGUCCGGUAGACAACUGGAAACCGCACCGAAAAUGUCCGAACCAUGACGCCGCGCAAAUGCCCUAAAAACUCCGUUGUCGCCCUCCAUAUCCAUCAUUGUCCCCUUCAUCCUAUCAUGCCUUACUAGCCAAGCUACCGGCCCCCU